AUCGUUCCUAUACCCCUAUUCGACGGUGAUGAUCGGGAUCGGGAUGGAGGGGGUGACGUGGAUGCAGACGACGAUGAGCGUCUGGGGGACAGAGACGGGGGGGGAGGACUUGAGCGGCAAGUAUAAGGGGGGGGGGCUUGCCGUGUCAUCGGGAUCGGGUGAUACCGUUGUGCACGUGUCAGUCCUCCAGCGUGUUCUCUUGAAACACUUUGUCGUUGUCGCGGUCUGGAUCAGCUGUUGCAGCCUCCUGCUGACACGUGGCAGCGCAGGGGUUGCUCUCCAUCUGUCCCCCUCAGCAGGCAAUCACUCUGAUUCUCUCUCUGAUCAGUUCGAAUCCACACCGUUAUCUAAGAAUUUUUCCCGCCAAUUUGCAUCUUACCCUGAUUGGAUAAAAUCGAUGAACAUUACGACAAAGCCGGGGGAGACACAAGAGGCCGCAGCGUCCGAGAGCCGUGGUCUUCUGCUUCACGCCAAUCAUCAUCAUUAUCAGAAUCGAGCAGCUUCUGCGAGGGUCGGAGAUCUGCACACGUGGCACCCUCCUGUGCCACCAUUCGAUCUGCAGGCUCAGGAGGAACCGGGCUUGAUUACCUUGAUUACCUCCUCUCAUCUCUUUACAAGGCAACCCAAUUCUACCCUGAGCUAUAAGGCCAUACGACUCCACACCCCCCAAUCAUCCUUCAUCUCCACCACCUACACCUCCUCCUCCUCCUCCUCCUCUUCCUCCUCCUCCUCCUCCUCCUCGAAUACCUCCCUCUCUGUCUCCUCCUCCUCCUCAUUCAACCUCUCCACGCCCUCUCCUUCUUUCAACACGUCUACCUCCUCCUCUCCACCUGGUCCCGAUCCCCAUCGAACCCGCGGCUGGUGCGGCUCCGUCGUUCGCAAUCUCGUCUUUGAUCCCGAUACCGACGAUGGCGUCUUCUACUUCAUCCUCGAUGAGAGGUGCACGGGUGAUGGGGGCAACAACCAUCAGCGCAUUUCCUUCAGGCAGUCGCGUUUGCUGUAUCCAGAGCCAGCGGUCGAGGGCUCGAAUCCUCUUCAACCCCCUCCACCCCCUCCGCUUGGCACGUCGUUGAUCACCUACUGGUGGCCCUCUGACAGACUCAAUGGGCCCAACUGCAGCUCAAGUUCGUCAUCAAUGGACGAAGCCAUAGCCUUCGGUCCGGGGAGCGGCAGCAAUCAGGCCUCUUCCUCCUCCUCCUCCUCCUCCUCCUCCUCCUCCCCCUCCUCCUCCUCCCCAGCCAUAGCCAACAUGGCUAUGGUGUACGGGAUGGACCUGGUUAUACCUGCAAGAGCUGCUGGAGAAGGAAGCAGCCCAGCUGGUGCUCGAACGGCAGACCUGGUUGUUGGCACAGUCACAUUUCUCCCUCCCUCUCCCAUAGCUGUCACAACACCUCCAUCACCUCAAGCAUCCACCUCCUCCUCCUCCUCCUCCUCCUCCUCGGACUCGGUGUCAGCAGCUGAGCUUCGGUACCCAUCCUCGACGAUCACCACCGUAUUCGGACCCAAUGGGACUCGAGCCGCCAUCCCUGUACCUGCUGGCUUCGUCGAUGGACUCGCCUUUGAUCCGACGGAUCGCAAGCGUCUCUUCUUCUCAGACGGAUCCCGGCCUGUGCGGAUCCUCUCCGCCCUGCUCUCAGAGUCUUCAAAUACGGUCGACAUCAACAGUAUAGAGGUGGUCAAGAGCUUCGCAGGAGGAGGCGGAGGAGCAGCAGCAGGUGGAGGAGGAGGAGGAGGAGGAGGAGGAGGAGGAGGAGAUGAGGGAGCAGGAGGAGGGGGAGGAGGAGGAGGUGGUGGGGAGGGGGGAGAGAUCUCGCACGUAUACUUUGGUCCGCAGAGCUGGGUUCGUGAUGGCAGCUGCCUGUACUUCCUUGAUGUAGUGAGAUCCCAGGUGUGGGGACUGGAUAAGGAGUCGCUGAACGUGAGACACGUGGCAGGUUGCGCGAGUGAGAAUGGUGGCAAUCAUAAUGGGAAUAAUGGGAACGGGAUUCCGAAGGAGAGUGGGGGAGAGGUGGAGGGGGUAUCCUUGUCUUCGAGCUUGCAGCUCAGUGAUUUGCGCGAGCUUGCCUCUACUUCCGACGGGUGUAAUCUCUUCGUCAGCCAGUAUGGCCGAGGGAAUAUCGUUUGGCUAAAAUUAGAUUCCCCUUGUGGCUCGGCGCGCAGUUUGGAGACAGUGUUUACGUAUCCCGAUCAUAGAUUGUGGGGGGUGUCACUCCAUGCACAGGGGCCAAGAUUGUACCUUUACGUCGGGUCGGACGAUGGCCAGCUGUUCGAAUUGGAAAUAGACCGGUCGUUGCUGCAUGCAUGUGCGACCGAUCACAUAACUCCUCCAGAGGGGGGCAGUUCUGCUCCCACGACCACCUCCCCCUUCGCAAACUCCACGACCUCUGGAGGCUCCAGUUCCCCGUUGUUUGCCACUAACGAGCGCAAUUCGGCAGGGCGUCAAACGGGUGCUGGUGAAGCUGGCAGCGCACACUCCAGCUCCUUGCCUCCUCUCUCUUCGGAUUCGCCUCCUCCUUUCUCCUCCUCCUCCUCCUCCUCCCUCUCUCGAGGAUCAGCUACCAUCGUAGUCUCUGUUGUCACGGCUUUUCUGGCACUUGGGGUUGGUACCGGCCUUCUAUACCUGUGCUGCUUGUUCUGCCGCAAGCCGUUAUCCCCAGGCAACCACGCUCAGGACCAGGUUCUGGACCAGAACCUGGACCAGGUGCUGGACCAGGUUCGGAAGAAGAACGACUCUACCGUACUAUGUACAUUGAUGGACCGGUUCGCCGGUGCACUUGGACGGAUUGACGAACAUAAAGCCCAGUUGGCUGGCCCUGCACAUGGACGGAAUCGCGGGUCAAAUGCAGGGCAGCAGCGGCAGCAGCAGGCAUGCCCUCCUAGACGGAAUCGCGGGUCAAAUGCAGGGCAUCAUCAUCAUCAUCAUCAGCAGCAGCAGCAGCAGAAGCAGCAGCCAUUCCCUCCUAGACGGAAUCGUGGGUCAAAUGCAGGGCAGCAGCCACUCCCACCUGGACUGAUUCGCCGGUCAGAUGCAGUGCAGCAGCCUCCCCCUCCCCCCCCUCCUGCUCCUGAUUCCUCUGGAUCCGCUAUGAACAGUUCGGUUGUCGUCACCGGCUUGAUCCAAGGCGAUGAUAACGGCGACAAACUGUCCGCUCUGCCCUCUCUACCGGAGGAGGAGGAGGAGGAGCAGGAGGAGGAGGAGGAGGAGCAGGAGGAGGAGGAGGAGGUGGAGGAGGAGGAGGAGGAGGCCAACGAGACCCCUUUCCGUCUGAAAUCUUACGAAAUAGCACCCCUUUCACAAAUCACAAGCAACUUCAACUCUAAUUUCCGAAUUAUGGGGGAAAAGGGGGUGUACGGCGACACCUACUUGGGAACCCUUGAGGGUAAACAGCUAGCCAUCAAGGUGAUAACGGGCGAUCUAACGGAGGGGAAGAGGAGGAAACGGUUCCUAACGGAGGUGGCAGAGCUCAGCAAGCUUGAUCACACUAAUCUUAUCCAAAUAGUGGGGUACUGUGCCGGGGGAGGAAAGGGGUCCCUACUCUACCCCUAUAUUGGAGGAGGGAGUCUGCAUGCGCGGCUGCACGACAGGACAAGAGCUAUGGUAGGGGGCAGCAACAAGCGAGUGCUGCCGCCUCUGUCGAUGGUAGAACGCGUGACGAUCGCAUUGCAAAUCGCGAAGGCUAUAUGCUACCUCCAUAGCGAUAUAACCCCACCCAUGGUUCAUGGGGAUAUCAAGAGUAGAAACGUGUUGCUGAGAGAGAGAGAUCAGGGUGGGGGAAAAGGGAGGGCGGUGCACGUGUUGGUUGCAGACUACGGGAUGAUGAGAAUGAGACAAAAUGUGUUCCACGUGGAGAAGGAGAUCAGCCUUUGCAUGCAAGAACAGAUGGACGGCUCAGAGAUCCCUGCGUGUGCGCCGAACAGCAGCAGCAGCAGCAGCAGCAAGAGGCCGCCGCCGCCGCCGCCGCCGCCGCCGCCGCCGCCGGCGCAGCCGGACAUGUGUGUGCGGCUGUCUUCUGCUUCCUUGUCGCCGCACACCUGUGCGACGAAUGCCGGCCCGUCUUCUUCGUCGCACGCCGCUGCCAGGGCUUUGCCGACUGCUUCUUCGCCGCACGCGGCCCGCAAAGUCUCGUCGUCCCGUACUUUGUCGUCUUCUGCGUCGCACACUAAGUCGUCGGCGGAGGAGGAGAUUACCCGAUCUGCCGGGCGAGACAGUGGCGACACGUGCCAUCCGCAGACAUCUUUGCCGCCGCACAGCUGUGGCAACUUGCCGCCGCACAAUGAUAGCGAGUCAUUUCCUCCUCCUCAGCGGCCUUCUUCGUCGCACAAGCAAUCGACUGUGGUAAUGGCGAAUCGUCCCACGACGAUCACCCCUCAUGAUGAUGAUGAUGAGGAGGAGGAGGAGGAGAAGGAGGAGGAGGAGAAGGAGGAGGAGGAGGAGGAGGAGGAGGAGGACGAUCAGCAGCAGCAGAAGCAACAACAACAGCAGCAGCAGUCGUUGUCGUCGUCGCACACAGAGAGUGCGAAACUGCCGCCCAGCGGCAAAGCUUCGCAUGACCGCCGUCCUCCGCCGCUCAGCCGUGAGAUUUCUUCUCAGUCGUCUUCUUCUUCGGCGCACAGCUGUGAGACUUGCUCCCAUCGCUCUUCUCCGUCGUCGCACAGCUGUAGGACUCGUCGACAUCCUUCUCCGUCGUCGCACAGCAGCGAGGACAAAUUGCAAGGCUGUGCGACUUGCUUCCGUUGCUCUUCUCCUUUGCCGCCCAGCUGCUGGCAGUCUGGAUACAUGGCCCCGGAGUUCUUUGCCACUGGCAGGUUGUCAGAGAAGAGUGACGUGUACGCAUUCGGAGUGCUUUUGCUGGAACUACUGAGUGGGAGGAAGGUGGGAGGAGGGGAGGUGCCCUCCUCAUCUUCUCGACCAACUCCUCAUCGAAUCUCUCCGCCUCCUCCUCCUCCUCCUCCUCCUGCUGCUGCUGCUGCUGUUGUCGGUGGUUUAACACGGACAACACCCCCUCCUUCUCCACCUCCUUCUCCACCUCCUCCUCCUCCUCCUCCUGCUGCUGCUGCGGCUGCUGUUGGUCGAGCACGUAUAACACCCCCUCCUUCUCCUCCUCCUCCUCCUCCUCCUCCUCCUCCUCCUGCUUCAGCUGUUUACGGAGCUAGUACAUCAUCUGCUCCUCCUCCUCGUUCUCCUCCUGCUGCUGCUGCUCCUGCUUUUCCUCCUCCUGUUGAUGCUGUUCCGCGAGCCGCGAUAUCGUCGCCCCCUCCCCCUCCUGCUUCUCCUCACAGGACUGGGACACCACCUUCUCCUCCUCAGCCCUCUCCCUCUCCCUCUCCCUCUCCCUCUCCUGCUGCUGCUGCUGUUGCUGUUGGUAUUAAAAGACCUAAGUCGCUUGUUGAUUUCCUAAAGCCCUUUCUAGAGGAUGGUGUGUCUAGUGCUGGCAUGCCUUACGUGAUUCUCGAUGCUUGUCUGCGCAGCCAGGCCGCUCGAUCAUCGACCAAGAGCAUGGUUAUGGCUGUAGUUCGAUUGGCCGCAGAUUGUGUUCAAGAGGACGAGGAUUCGAGACCAACCAUGAGCAGUGUCACGGAACGCCUGGCCUUUCUGAUGUCGAAGGCGACCUCGUCGUCCCGAUCCCGGACUGCUGCUGUCGGGAUACCGGCGGUAUAAGGUUAAAGGUGAAGACCAAUCUUCUGCGUUACAGUUUUAAAUUUUAAUUAGUAAUC